AUGCGACCUCCGGAGGACGCAGCCUACAUUUUGGGACACAGCUACACCGUACCACACUUCAAAUUUGGGGAAAUCGACGGCGCAUUUGUCGACCGCAUUUGGAGUACACUUCGAAUUGGGACAGCCGUCGUCGUGUCGCUAUUUGACACAGAUGCUCUGACAAAAGUGUUCACUCGCUUAGGUUUUCAAGUGAAGAUACACCACAACCUGACUGCGGAUAACAUGAAAAAGGAAAUAAAUAAUCUUGGCUCGAUUAAUUUUUCAGAUCAUGAUGCCUUGGUGGUGUUCGUGCUUUCACAUGGAGAAAAAGGGUGUGUCUUUGGCACUGAUGAGGAAAGGGUGCUCCUGAAAGAGCUGACGGAGCCCUUUACAAGUGGAGGAGCCCGAACCUUGGCACGGAAGCCCAAACUCUUCUUCAUUCAAGCCUGUCAAGGUGAUGGAAAGCAGAAAGGAUACCCUCCCAGCAGCAGAGAGGACGAGAACCAAAACAAAGAAGCAUGGCAAGCUGACGCCUCAAUCCCUGACGAGGCAGUGCUAGUGCCUGAACUAGCAGACUUUCUGAUCGGCAUGGCCACUGUGGAGGAGUUUGUGUCAUUUAGAAACACAGCUACAGGAUCGAUCUACAUCCAGGAGCUGUGCAGGCAGCUGGAAAUAGGUUGUCCUUGCAGUAAGGAGAUGGAUGAUAUCCUCACUGUCCUGACACGUGUGAACAGGGAGAUCAGCAAAGGAGUGUAUUCAUCCCACAAACAAAUGCCGCAGCCCAAAUACACUCUCACCAAGAAGCUCAUCCUCAAAUAUAUAUGA